AUGACAAGGCAUGCGAGGGAUGCGAAGAACCGGAUGGGUGCAAGGGCGUGGUCGAUGACCAUCCCACCACGCCAAGAGGCUAUCGUCACGUUACUAUUCUGGAAGGCUAAGCUCGAGGGCUUGGAUAUGGACAACUUGUACGUGGACCUAGGAAAAAGCUGGGAAUAUACUGCCUUCCGUGACGACGGGCUCCUGCCAGCGCAUCGAAACUGCAUGAGCAUGCCCGUGAUCGGCAGUGUCCUGCUGGCUGUUCUUGCUUACGGCGAUUUCGGGUCGACCCGUGGACACUGGCGGCAAGGGGUGGUGCCAACUCCAACCUCUCAGGCAACGACCGUCCCAUUUGUAAUCGAGCAUGAAUCGGACAGUGAAACAGCGGCCGAAAGUGAUGUUGUUAUGCCAGAUGAGGGUCAUGAUCAGUGA